AUGCCACCUAAAAAGAAAGCAUGUCUCAAGCAAGACGGGGAUGUGUGCGGCGUUAUCCAGGCGUACCUGGAGAAGCAGUACAAACCCUUUGCCAUCAACGAUAUCGUAAGCAAUCUCCAGAAGGAUUACAAGUUCUCCAAGCCCGUGGUUCUGAAGGCGCUGGAUACGUUGGUGGACGAGGGGAGAAUAGUAUCAAAGCCGUUUGGAAAAGUCACCAUAUACUGCUGCAAAGAGCAAGAUCUGGAGCUUCCAAAGGGAGUUGAUGUCAAUAAAGUCACAUAUGACUUGAUCUCUGAGCUUAGAGAGGAGCUCAGGCUUCUAGAAAAAGAGAAAUCUACGCUAUUGGAGAAGAAGAAUGCCUUGUUUAGUGAGCCUGAGAACGAUAAACUUUUAGAUGUCUUGGCGACCUUACGGGAGAGUGAAAGAGAUAUAGAUGCAAAAUUAGAUGACCUAGAAAGAAAUUGGGACCCAACUAACCAAAAAGAAAUCAAUGAAUUGAAAAACUUGGAAAAAAAUCUAAAGAAAGAUCUAGCCUCGAGAAAGAAGCUAAUCAACGACCUCCUUGCAAUUAUUAAAGAGAGCGGGUUACUGAAAAAGGGUGAAACAAUGGCAGAGUUAUUGGUAUGUGUUAUGGAGAUAAAAUCGAUUUUCUAUCUUUCGCUUUUUAUCCUUAUCUCUUUGUUUUUUAUUGACAGAAUACUAACAAAACAGAAUUUUAUUUAG